UUUGUUUGAAGUGUAGGCAAGAUGGCGAUUACCAGUACAAAAACGUGUCUACACUAGCAGUUGUGAAGGAAACGUUUUGUUAACUUCAAAUAAUAAUAGUUUUUAAUGAGUAAAUCUGUCGCAAGUGGAAAACUAGAUAAUAGGAACUCUUCUUCAAAAAAGAACUCUUCCGGUCCAGUGAUGGCUCCGGCAGUUUUGGUAAAUGGUAAAACGGAAAACAAGAACUUGAAAGUGUCGUCUAAACAAAAUAUGAAGAAAAUGGACCCAAAAAAUCAAGAUUCUGAUGAAAAGAGAGGGCCCAUUGACCUCGUCGCUCUUAAAAAGCAACUCUCUUCUGAAGACCUUUUCAUUUCUAGCCUAUUGACCAAUAUUCCAACUCAGGGUGUUUCUACAGUUCAAGAUCUCGAUAGUAACAAGGUUGGUGUUGACAACAAUAGUUCUACACAAAAAAUUGACGCCGGGAAUCGUGCUUCCAAUCCUGAAGAACUGAAAGAACGUCUAGCAGCUAAGCUCUCACAAUUCACAGGGAAAAAGCUGGAUUUGUCUGAUAAGAAAAUGAAAACCAAACUUAAACGGAAGUUAGAUAAAUUGGAGAAGAAGAAACUAAAAAGAAAAAAUAACAAGAUGAGGUCCAAAAUUGCUAAACUUGCACAAGCCACCAAGGCAGCAUCUGUUUCAUCAACCUCUGCACUUACAGAGUCUGUCAAAACAGAAAUUCCUGAGCCAACAGUAACAAGUAGACCGCCAAAGCCAAUUUUCAACAGUGAAGGCCGCAUGGUUUUCAGCAAAUUUGAUUUUGGCGAGCUGUCUACCCCCUCACCUAUUCUGAAAAAGACAACUUUAGAUCCAAAAGCAGCAAUGAUUAAAAUAAAAAAAGUCAAAGAAAAAGUGAAAUUCUUGGAAGCCAAAGGUGAAGUUGAGAAGGCAAGAAGCAUUGAAGAGAAACAGGCAUGGGAAGGUGCUCUGCAAAGAGCUGAAGGUGUUAAGGUAAAAGACAAUGUGGAAUUGCUUGCUAAAUCAAUUAAGAAGCGGGAUAAAAUCAAAUCACAAAGUAAAAAGAAGUGGGCUGAACGCAUCGAAGCACAGGAAAAGAGAAAGGACGACCAACAGAAAAAGAGAAAAGCCAACAUCAAGAAAAAGAAAACUGAAAAGAAAGAACAUAAACUGAAUAAACUAGCGAAAAAAGGCAAAUUUAUCGUAUGAAUGACCGAUACGGAUUCAUGGAUGAGCUGACUCGUGUUCUAUCAUGUGCAAGCCGUGUCGUGAUAGUUUUGUAUAAAAAUACACUGGCAUGCCUUCCAUGAUCGUGGAAAAUUUGAAGAAAAAAAAAUCUUGGAUUCAUUUGAAAUAGUUUUAUGACUUCAUUAAUCACCAAAUCACAUAAGAAUAGGUCCGUUUCUGGUGGAAAAUCAUAAAAAUUUGAUUUGUAUUUAUUAGUACCCUAGCGUUGUUAACAAGUGCACGGCUUCCUUAAUUUUAAUGUGGUAUGUGACGUGUGAUUUGGUAACCAUUAGCUCCUUGGAAAUGUGCCUAAGGGGAAAACAGGUCACGAAGGACGUCAAAAAUAAUUUACAAAUGCAGGAGAAAUGUGAUUACUUGCCAGAGAUGAAGGUGAUCCUCUCGGAGUAAAGAUGUUCCUACACAAAUUGUACAUUCCAGUUUUGCUUGAACUAUUUAUCGCUUUGGUGAAAAGUGCUCCAAGCCUACAUAACAGUCAACAGUCACCGCCUGGCAUAGUUAUAGCAGUAGCAAACAAUGAUCUCGUUAGCAACGACAUUUCCAAUAGUUCCAAUACAUCCCAGCAUUGGUUAAAUCCACCACAUGUUUUGUCAGACCUUACACUUCACAAAGCGAAACAAGAGUUUGACACUUCGUCGUUUUCAGUGAAAACUCAGACUCCCAUGCGAUCGAUGAAGGCAAACCUUUUAAACGUUUCAAAGACAAACAAGUCAACAGCGUUCAAUUUUACUUCUGCCGUUUCGCGUUCUUUCAGUGAUCACCGCAACUUGUUGAUUGGUUUUAUGUCUAGAAUCUUCGAAGCCUCUUUUGCAAACACUACAAUCCAAAAUACGCCCAUAAUACCUUCUCCUGAUGUCUCUUUUUCUCCAUCAGACCAUAAUCACAAUCGUAAUCAUCGCUUCUCUAUCAUUUCGUCUUUAUACCAUUUUUCUUCGCCUUCUCGUCGCACAUUCUUGGCAUUACGCCGAUUUUUCAGCAACCUGUGAAAGAAUGUGAUUAUGUAAAAUUUGAAUGAAACUGCUGAAUUUA